GCUUCUGCUCAUUCAGCGCGUGAAGUCCCGGAGACUUGAGGACUUGGAUGGCCUGGUCAAGAUCCUUGAAGAAGAGAUUCUGGGCUACAACCUCCUGCCCCGCGUUGCCAUCGUGGCGGAGAAUGGGACGUCAUCGUGGCAGCAGCUGCCUGCAAUGGAUCAGAUUGCGUUGGCACGCCAGGCUGACAUCAUGGUAGGCCCCAGUGGCAACGAGCUGGGCCUUGCGGCCUUCAUGCGCGAGUCCACUUGGCUCGUGGAGCUCAUGCCGCAAGCGGUGAAGGAUCCACUGAAGAGGUGGAGUCCCACAGGGCGCUACGAGGUCACGAACUGCAUGGAAAGGAUCAAUGGCAACCCUGGCAGUCUGGUUGGUCACGUGGCGCUUCGUGCUCAAGUCUAUCACCUUUGCAUGAACGUAAAUAGAGGUCGCUUCUUCGAAGUGCAAGAGCUGCAGCAUCCACACUGGCGCGCCACUCCCAGCCUCUAUAUUGACUUCAGAGCUUUGAGGGAGGUGUUGGCCUUGCCGCUGAGUGUGAUUCAGGAAGACUGGAAGGCG